CCAUGUCACUUUUCUCCACCGUGACGUCCGGGGAGAGGAAACUUCAGGCCGCAGCGAUCUGCAGGGAGAUUCAACCCCAGGAAGGUAGUCGUUUCCUUGUUUGUGUGACUUCCCCCGCAUCUUUUUGCAUCACGAAUCACUCAAAUCGCUAUAAAGUGUACAUUCAAGUACACAAAAGUUGUAGAUUUGAUACAGCAGUAUCCUUUUGGUGUCAGAAGUGGGAUUCCAGAGUGAUCCAACACAUUUUCCACGUGCUCAAGUAGUUCAAUGGGAUAAUUAUUCACAGGUCAAGGGCACUAAAGUAGUAACUUGCCAUUGUAGCCUUAAAAGUAACAUUUUUGUACUCUCUUGAUGUCAGAAGUGGGAAUUUUCCCUGUCCCCAGCCUGCCUACAAGUAAGUAAAUGAAUACUUUUCCGGCCCAAUGUAACCAAUCCAUUUUGUCGUUGUCGUCUCGAACACGUUAUUUGAGGCGAGGACAACUGCUGCCUGGCACGAGGGAGGCUCCCGAAUGCCACCGACAGCUGAGACGGGACGUGGAGGUGGACCUCGGCAAGAAGGUGAACGUGCCUCAGGACGUCAUGCUGGAGGAGCUGUCCCUGGCGUCCAAUCGGGGCUCGCGGCUCUUCAAGAUGCGCCAGAGGCGCUCGGAAAAGUACACCUUUGAAAGCGUCCGCAGUGACGCCGACUCCCAUCUCAACGACAAGACGGACUCACGAGCUGAUAAUGCGAAUUCCGCAGAGGACCGCAACUCUGCUGAGAACGGCUCGGGCGGAGAAGCUGCAAAAAUGCCAGAUCCACACAGCAUCGCCCCUGGUUACGGAAGUCCUUUGAAAGACGUCCCACCUGAGAAGUUCAACAGCACGGCCAUACCAAAGUCCUACCACUCGCCAUGGGACCUGGCUCUUAUCAGGGAUCCGGUCUUGACUGACGCUCUCACCGCCGAACCGGAACCACCGGCGGACCUGCCGGGCUACAAAAGCUUCAAUAGAGUGGCCAUCCCGUUCGGCGGUUUCUCCGAGGCGGCCUUCGAGACCCCGAAGGCGGAGUUCGCCCUGCCCGACUACCCCGAGCUCAGAGGGGACACGGUCGCCCGUCGCCCCUCCUUCAACAGGGCCGCUCUGGGGUGGCAGUCUACGGGCACUUCGGUCACCCCCAACGUCGCGUUCCCGGAGACCGUGCUCGCCCCUGAGUCAGAUGACCUUUGAACCUGUUCAGAACAGUCAGCGUGAGGUAAAUCAAUCUGUUGGCUUAGUCAUAAAUAAGCUUAAAUGUAUAAUAAUAUGCUGAGAUACUAUUUUAGCUCAAUAAAAUUGUGUUCAAUGCAUUAUUUUACUUCCAUUAUCUCAGCUGUUUGUUGUUUGGGAGCAGAAUUACACAACAACCCACUGGAUUUUGGUGGACUAAAUAUCCAGGAUUUGUCACUUUUUUAAGUCUGUAGGCAACCCAUUAAGAUUUGGUGCAAAUCUGGGUCAUAAGGAUUCCCCCCCCCCCCCCCCACCCCCAUCC